AUGUUGCCCAGCGGUCAUACAGAUUCAGAUUUCUAUGCCCAACUGGCAUCAAAGACGGUCAUCGUCACAGGCGGUGCAGGAGGCAUCGGCGAAGCAACAGCAAGAGUCUUCAACAGACACGGCGCGAAUGUAGUCAUCGCCGAUAUUCCCAGCUCAUCGGAGCUCGCUGAGAAAGCAAUCGCUACUUUCGCACAUCCAGAGAAAGCCAGCUUCGUGCCUGUGGACAUCCUCGACUGGAAACAAAUGACACAUCUUUUCCGCAGCACGGUGGAAAGAUACGGAAGCCUCGAUACUGUUGUUGCCAACGCGGGUAUUAUGGAAAAGACGGAGACACUUGAUAUCGAGAGUACAGAUGCCGAUGGUAAUCUGUUAGAGUCUACGGGGGCGUUCAAGGUGAUUGAUGUAAAUGUCAAAGGGACGUUGAACACUCUGAGACUGGCGAUGCACCAUAUGAAAUCAUCCGCGGGCGAGAGGACCGGCCGAAAAUCAAUCGUCCUAGUUGCCUCGACGUCAGGAUAUUUUGGUGGCACCGGGGUAUCCGCAUACGUCGCUUCCAAGCAUGCGAUCAUCGGUCUGAUACGAAGCUCCCACGUCGCAGCCAAGAAACACGGCAUCACAGUCACGGGUAUCUCGCCCUUUUUCACAACGACAAAUAUCACAGCCAAGGCAGGGAAGCAGUGGGAAGCUGAUGGUCUCAAGCCGAAUACGCCGGAGGAUGUAGGACUGGCCAUCGCGCAGAGUUCGGUCGGGGCGGAGAGCGGUACUUGCACUUUGGUUGCCGGCCCAUUUCGCAAGGAAAUGGAGCACAGUCGAAACCAGAUCAUGUCGCAGUGGGUAGGGCAGGACAUUUGGGAUUUCUUCCAGAAAGCAUUCAGGAUUAUCUCGGGGAGUGGAGGGUAUAACCUACCAAACGUGAACUCAGCAUAG